AUGAUUUCUCUUUGGCUUGUUCUUCUUUACGCACUUUUAACUAGUGCAAAUAUUAACAACGUACCUUAUACUAUACGAAUUUAUUCUAAUCUAGCAGAAAUAAUUCGACCUCUUGAAAAAUUACCACUUGAAUUUAUUGAAGAUGAUUGGAAUCAUAUUCGAUCUGAUUCAAUAACACUUUUCGGUGAAAAUAUUAAUAUUACAUUACAAACAAUAACAGAACAAAAGAAAACACUUAAUGGUACUGAAGUUUAUAUUCGUUCACCAUUAUCAUCAGAUAAAACGAUUAAAUUAAUUAAAGGAAUUCUUAUUGAUGAAAUAAAUCAUUUAGUUAAAAUACAAGAUGAAACAAUUGAUGGUCAACAAACUUUAUAUUUUACUGUACCAGGUAAUCAAAUUUUUUAUCUUGAAGAACCAGCAAAACCAAAAUAUUAUGUUGAUUUUACAUAUACAAGUUCAAAUUCAAAAGUAUUUGUAAGUUAUCUUCAAUCAAAUCUUAAUUGGCGAACACAAUAUCAAUUAAAUUUAAAUAAUAAUCAAAGUGAUCUUAUUGCUAUGGCUAAUAUUCGAAAUGAUGGAAAAUCACCUGUAUUUAUUGAUCAAGCUGAACUUAUUUGUGGAGAUAUUAAUUUACAAAUACAUUACCUACAAUAUGAUCGAUCAUAUCGAAUGUCUCGAUCAGGUAGUGAAGUAUAUUCUCAAUCAAAAAGUAGUACAAUGCAAAUGGAUUUUGGCGAUGCAUUUACUCUUGUCUCUGUUGAGCAAGGAAAAGAAUUAGCUGCCAAGAAAUUUUGA